AUGUCUAAUAUGGUCAAGAAUAUUGGGAAAGGAUCUACCAGGAUAAAGUACGAUGAAUAUGUGAUGAGGGUGCUUCUGUAUGACGAUCUCGAGAAUGCAUUGAUAAGUCCCGACAUGGAGACUUUUUACAAUUUUUGCUUAAAGCAAAAUCGAGAUAAAAAGUCUAAGAGAUUACUCUCGCCAAUCGUGCCAUUUCUAAAAAAGUAUGGACACAACAAUGUGCUCGACAAGCUCCGUGGUCUGGCAGAGAGAGAAGAUUAUAAGCAGCUCAUGAUGAAGCAUCUGUUGCAGAUACAACGUGAAGUGUGGGUGAGUAAAGGAAUGUCUAUUAACAACGUUUUAGAUCUGCUACAAUUUGGCGACGAUCUUGCUUCAGCUAUACGUAUUGAAAGAUUUGACGAGCUGAAAGAGUAUAUUAUACUGCUUGGCCUCAAGAAGUAUAGAAAUGAAGCGUUGCCAAGUGACUACGCCGACAACAAAUUAGUGAACAUUUUGACAAAGCAUUUCGGUGGAGAAGGCAACUUGGUGAAGCAAUUAAGUAAAGCAAAAUCCUUUGUGGAAAAUGCUAACGUUGUCAAUAAUUUAGAAUCGGCUUUGUUUCGCAUUUGGCUUAAUGUACCUGUUGAUUUAGUAUGGGAUCGACUCCGCGUAGGCAACAACGUUUAUGACGCAUUAACGAGCGGAAAACUGGAGAUUGUUCGUAGGUAUUUUGCUCAUUUUUUUCCGAGUCGUCCAUACCUUGCCAUUCAGGAAUUUUUAGAGCAGUUUGGAUAUGAUAAAGUGACUGUGGCGCUUGCAAUUGCAAAGCUUGAGCCGGUAACAAAAGAAUUUGCGACGACGAUGCAGCGUGAGCUUCUCGGUUAUUGGAAGGAGGAAGAAAUAUCUGCAAAUGUGAUUGUCACACGGAUGAAAUUCAAAGAGGAUGACGAUAUCAACAUUUCCAUCAUAAAAUUGAACACUAUAAGUCACUUUAUCAUUCUCUUACAGCCUGAGCCUCAGUUAGUGAAGGCAGAUAAUUUGUGGGACCUCGCAAGAUUGGCCGCCAUAGCUCUUAAGGGGUCUUAUGAUCCAGCAAAAUUAAAAUCUGGCGCAACGCGUCUUCUUGAUGCGAUUUUUGAUGUAUGGAGUGAUAGAAAUGUCCAGCCGCAUGAACUUUUAACACACUUUCCCAUUGACGAAAAGGCUAAUAGUGUGACCACAAACGAUUUUAUCGUCUUGGAAUACGAGAAGUAUCGUGAAGCUGAAUAUUUAAGCAUCAGGCCGUAUGAGCAUCCCAGAUAG